GUGAGCGCACUAGUAGCAGGUUACUUGCAUUUGCGACUAACCUCAAAAUAUCUUAUUUAUUGUGUCGGCUCGGGGAAGCUCCCGGACCGCACGAGUUCCGUUUCGGAAUUUCGUUUCAAAUGCUUGGUAAUCCAUUCUGAAAGAAAGUACGCGUACUUGCGUACUUCUAUUACCGUGAUUCGUGUCGAAUCGAAGUUUUCACUGGGAAAACUGAGGUAUAUGGAUUGAUGUGGAAAGUACUCCUCGCUUUCGAAAGAUGGGUCAUGGUUCGAGCCGUUCCGCUUCAUCCGCGAAUAUCCUCUCCGCGGAGGAGCUGACCUUGGUGGAGAAUCUGUUCAAGUCCAUGUCCCGAAGUUCAGGCUCUAUAAAACGCGAAGAUAUAUUCAAACACUGGUCCAGUCAUUUGGAUGAUGUACUACUGCAAUUUGUAGUAAGGUUUCUCUGUCAUGAACCAGGAAAGAGAGUGUCUGCCAUAAACGGAGAGAAUUUUGGGAGAUUGUAUGUGUUUGCCAUACGUGGCAGUCCAGAGGAGAGGACUAGCCUGAUUUUCAAUGGCUUCUCGGAAGAGGAGCAGAAACAUGAAAUACCCACUGCAACGUUCCUUCAAUAUCUUCAAGCUACCAUUAAUUCCUACUUGAGACUACAAAAAAACUCUGGGAAUGCACACUACUUAACAUGGAGCAGCAUUGGCUGCACAGUAAACACUAGGAGAAUAGGGAUGAGAUCCAGAAGUUUGUGCGUAGAUCUAGUCAAACAUGGUGAGACACUGACCACCGAACAAGUAGAGAACUGGUUCUCUACAACAACCACUUUCAAUAUCAUACAAUCGCACGUUUUUCAGUGCCUUUUCUUGGUUUCUCAGAAAAAAGGAGACAAGAAUGCAAGCAGUAGAAUAAAUGAUUUGAACCUCUUGCCAGGUUGCAAGGGUUUGGAGAAUAUACCACAUUUUCCAAGCAUUCUGGGAUUGGGUGAUGUUCUGUUCUUGAAUCUCAGUUUGCCUCACGAGCUUCGCAACGAAUGGAGAUUUUUAUUUUCUAGUCAAGUGCAUGGAGAAUCAUUUUCCACUAUGCUUGGAAGAAUCACCAUGCAAGGAUCGACUAUUUUAAUUCUUCAGGACACCGAUGACCAUGUGUUUGGAGGUUUUGCCUCUGAUAGUUGGAGAAUUGGACCGAAUUUCAUUGGAAACCAAUCUUCCUUCUUAUUCAAACUUGAACCAGAUAUACUUACAUUUCCUUGCACUGGUUACAACAACCAUUUCCAGUACUUAAAUCUUCAUCAACAAACUAUGCCUAAUGGGCUGCUCAUGGGAGGACAGUUGAAUUAUCCAGGCUUAUGGCUUGACUGUGAAUAUGGAACUGGAAAAUCAAGCUUGUCCUGCACAACCUUCCAGAAUUAUGUGCAACUCAGUGGCAAGGAGAAUUUUAGGAUUAAACACUGUGAGGUUUGGGGUGUCGGUCCUAUUCCAAAAGUCGAAGAAGAAGAACAAGAUGCAAGGUCAGUUUUGGAUCAAGAUUCUACCUCAAGAGUCAUAUUAGAGAUGUCUGGUCGCAAGAUGUACAGUGAUGGAUUGAGAGAAAAGAAGGAGUAAUUGUGAUAUUAGACAUUUGUCUGAGAUAGUAUGGAAAAGAGGAAAAAAGGAAAACAUAUCAGGCUAUUCAAAACUGUAUCAGCUUUGUAGAAACAAAAGGAAGUCAUUGUAUAAUACAAUACCUGUAAAUGUAAAAAAAUAGAAAAAAAAGAUGAUUCUCUAGUUUUCGUGGAAUUGUUUCAACAGAAUAAUAUUAAUAGUUACUAAAAAAAAUGAUCAACAAUCGCGUUCUUCAAGCAUUUUCUUCUGGUUGUUUACUAGCUGAUCUUUUUGAAAAAAAUUUCAUGUCCCUGUAACGGCCUGAUCUCUCGUACUAAUGUCAUUAAAAAUUGACUCUACCAUCGAUGGAGCAAUAUUAAAACAAAAAUAUAUAUAUAUAUACACGCAGAGAAAAAAGAAAUGAAAAAAAAUAUACCGUACGAGUUGCUGUGUUUUUCGAAUGCCUAUUAUCUAGUGCCUGGUGAGUCAUCAAUCAUUUUUAAUCGGACUUCUUGAUACGCUGAAUAAAGUCUAUCGACGAGGAGAAACUUGUACAACACAUAUUCAUUACUAUUGUUACAUAAGACUGUGUGUGUUAUUCGUAUAUGAGUCGGCUGGCGGUCAAUGUUCCCUCUGUUCUGUUGAGAGAACAAAGCCAAAGAGCAAACAUUGCACUGCUGUUCAGUAUAAUGCUAAGAGUUCAAUAAAGAAUUGAAACCUC